GACUUUCGGUCCCACCGGGAAGUGACAGGACCAGCUGCAGAGUGAAAUCCAGUAAGGCAGGCACUCGGUUGGGGGACCCAGACUUCAUUCCCCGAGCAGUGCUCUGUUACAGCGCGACUGUAACAGCUCUCUCUCACACCGAGAGCAGAACACCAGAGAAACCACUACCAAAACAGCCUGACAGCAACGCCCGGAUAACAACCCAACAUUGGCAUUGCCAUGCCUACCACCAGGCCUCGAUCCCGAUCCCCAGAGAGCAAUAGGCAGCCAUUACCAUCAGCGAAUCACUCGGUGCUCUGAGUGCCGGCCAUUGACCAACAGCUGCCAACUUAUUUCAGUAGACGCUCUCUCACCUUUGGACGAGCCAUGGGCGGGCGUCAUUCCCGCAGUUUCUCCAAAGAGGAGCUGAGCGAGGUGAGCACAAGCCACGGCCGGCGGAGCGCGAGCGUGAGGGACGACCACAACGGGAGCAACGGCGGAGGACUGUCCUCGGCCGCCGAGAGGUUCCGCAAGCAGACCACGGUGCGCUUCGGCUACUGCACCCUGAGCCUGGCCAUGCGGGGGCUGGACGACCCCCCCAUGGAGCUCUGGGAGCUGCGGGAGCUGGAGAAGCUCAACCUGUCCAUCAACUGCCUGCGGAGCCUGCCCCCCGCGCUGGGCGGCAUGGACAACCUGGUGGUGCUCAACCUGUGGGGCAACAACCUGGCCAGCCUGCCGCCCGAGAUCGGCCAGCUGAAGAAGCUGCGGGUGCUCUUCGCCUACCGCAACUGCCUGAGCGAGGUGCCGGAGGAGCUGGGCUCCUGCAGCAGCCUGGAGGUGCUCAGCCUGGCCGACAACCGGAUCACGGCGCUGCCGGAGAGCUUGGCCUCCAUGCGCAACCUGACCAAGCUGAACCUGAGCAACAACCGCAUGGUCCACAUCCCCACCUGCGUCUACAGCAUGAAGGGCCUGGUCUUCCUCCACCUGGCCUGCAACCGGCUUGAGGUCAUCGCCGACCAGAUCCAGGACCUGGUCAACCUGAAGAUCCUCAUCGUGGAGGGGAACAGCCUCCACUCGCUGCCAAAGACCCUGUGCUUCCUGGAGUCCUUGGAGCUCCUCAACGUGGACUUCAACGACCUGCAGAGCGUGCCCGGGGAGAUGUACCUGAUGAGCGGGCUGAGGAAGCUGGCCUGCCACCCACUUGAUAAGGGUCUGCACAUCAUCCACAACCCCCUGGUCAAGCCCAUUAAGGAAGUGCUGCAGGGAGGCCUCAGUGCCUUGUAUAACUACCUCAAACCCUCUUGAUGGGACCCAGGCAGCCAUGGGAACAUGUGUGUGUGGGCGGGAGUGUGUAGUGCUAGUAUGUGUGUGUGUUGUGGUAGUGUCUGUGAGUUUAUCAGUCUGUGUGUGUGUGUGUGUGUGUGUGUGUGUGUGUGUGUGUGUGUGUGUGUGUGUGUGUGUGUGUGUGUGUGUGUGUGUGUUGUGGUAGUGUCUGUGAGUUUAUCAGUCUGUGUGUGUGUGUGUGUGUGUGUGUGUGUGUGUGUGUGUGUGUGUGUGUGUGUGUGUGUGUGUGUGUGUGUGUGUGUGUGUGUGUGUGUGUGUUGUGCAAGUGUUGGUGACUUUAUCAGUGUGUGUGUGUGUGUGUGCGUGUGUGUGUGUGUGUGUGUGUGUGUGUGUGUGUGUGUGUGUGUGUGUGUGUGUGUGUGUGUUGUGGUAGUGUCUGUGAGUUUAUCAGUGUGUGUGUGUGUGUGUGUGUGUGUGUGUGUGUGUGCGUGUGUGUGUGUUGUGGUAGUGUCUGUGAGUUUAUCAGUGUGUGUGUGUGUGUGUGUGUGUGUGUUUGUGUUUGUGUGCGUGUGUGUGUGUGUGUGUGUGGUGUGCCAGUGUGGGUGACUUUAUCAGUGUGCGUUGGUGUGUGUGCUAGUGUGUGUAAGUUGAUCACUCUGUUUGCGUGUUUGUGUAUGCGUGGUGUAAUUAUGAUCAUGGUCUUCCCUUACUGACUCAGAGCAGGUGGUACACAUGCUGUGCAGUGCUCUGAUGCCAUGGGGGCCCAUCUGACGGGAUAAACCUUGGAGACACUGCGGCCCAGAUAAACGUUACUGCACACUCACACCGUGCCAGAAGAGGUUUUAUGGGGACGCCUGAUCUCACACCUCCUCGGUUUUGGAGUAAGACGAGGGAGAUGAUGUUCUCUGGCUUUGUGCCUGAGGAAUAUGAAAUUAACCGUCGGUCAUAUUGGUUUACCAAACUAUAAAUUCCUUCUGGGUAAAGUGGUUAAAGCCACAACCAAGGACACUGGGGGGAACUUUUAAUUUCCCAGGUAAAGGAUUUAGACAUGGAUACCUUGCUGGAUGAACAUUAUUGUUGACACCCACCAUGGAAGACAGAGAUGCACCACUGGGGUUCAGUUCACUCUCCAGCUGAUCCCCUCCUUGU